UACAGCCAGAAUUUUUCGUUCACAUGGCAGCAGCAAACUCUACUCCACCUGGCUCUUUGGAUCUAAACCAGCCUGGGUUUGCGAAGGAGAUCCUGGGAACUAAGCUGGAGGUCAAAUAUCUCUGCUCCGAUUGCAAGAACAUAUUGAGGAGGCCCUUUCAAGCUCAGUGCGGACAUCGCUACUGUUCCUAUUGUCUGAAGAAAAUCAUAAGUGCUGGACCUCAAAAAUGUGCCAGCUGUAUUCAGGAAGGAAUAUAUGAAGAAGGAAUUUCUAUUUUGGAAUCAAACUCGGCUUUCCCAGACAACGCAGCUCGUCGGGAGGUGGAAAGUUUGCCUGCUGUGUGUAUUAACAGUGGCUGCACUUGGAAGGGGACCAUUAAAGAAUACGAGGCUCAUGACGAAGUCUGCCCUGAGUUUCCGCUGACUUGCGAAGGCUGUGGGAAGAAGAUUCCAAGGGAGAAGUUUCGGGACCAUGUGAAGACUUGUGGCAGAUCUAAAGUGCCUUGCAGAUUUGACGUUGUCGGAUGUGCUGAGGUGGUGGAAAAUGAAAAGCUACCAGAACAUGAAAGCAAGUGUUUGGCGGAGCAUCUGUACAUGCUACUGAGUUUUGUGCUCAGCCUCAAGGCUGGGUCUGGAGACCUGAAGCCCCUUCCUACCCUUUCCUCGUCGCAAAACAACUCGCCAGUACUGGCAGCAAACUCUCUGUGCUCAGAGUCGGAGCUCUCCAGGUCCCUGGAGCUCUUGGGAAGAUGUGAGGCUCUUGAGAGGAAAACAGUGACCUUUGAGAACAUUGUUUGCGUGCUUUACAGCCGGCAGCAUCGACUAGACCAGGAGAAAAUUGAAACACUGAGUAACAAGGUCCGGCAGCUGGAGAGGAGCAUUGGGCUCAAAGAUCUGGCCAUGGCUGAGAUGGAGGAAAAGAUCCGCAACAUGGAAGCUUCCACCUACGAUGGUGUUUUCAUCUGGAAGAUAACCGAAUUUGCCAGGAAGCGUCAGGAGGCAAUAACAGGCCGUUCUCCUGCGAUCUUCUCUCCAGCUUUCUACACGAGCAAGUACGGCUACAAGAUGUGUCUGCGCGUUUACCUGAAUGGGGACGGCACAGGGCGUGGGACCCAUCUGUCCUUGUUCUUUGUGGUGAUGAAAGGACCCAAUGACGCGCUUCUGCGAUGGCCCUUCAACCAGAAGGUAACCCUGAUGCUUCUGGAUCAGAACAACCGGGAGCACAUCAUCGAUGCCUUCCGACCCGAUGUGACCUCCUCCUCCUUCCAGCGACCCAUCACGGAAAUGAACAUUGCCAGUGGCUGUCCGCUGUUCUGCCCCGUCUCCGUGAUGGAAGCCAAGAACUCCUACGUGCGUGAUGACGCCAUCUUUAUUAAAGCCAUCGUUGAUCUCACGGGCCUCUAA